UGGGGGGUAACCCCGUGGGGGGUAGGGGGUGAUACCCCGGCGUGGGGGUGGCAAAAAAACCCUGUGGGAGCGGCGCGGCGGCCGCGGGAGCGAUCCCGGGGGGAUGCGGGCGGAGGGGCUCGGGCUCCCGCAUCCCCGCACACGCGUGGGCAGGGCCGCGGCGGCCCCCGGGGGGCUGCUUUUCCCCGGUACCGCGCGGCCGGUCGCCGCAGCACUGCGGGUUGUGGGCAGGGUCCGUUCCCGGUGCCUGCCGGUGGCUGCCCAGCUGCGGGGGCGCGGACCGGUCGCCACGGGGAUGGGCGCGGGGGCGGGCAGGCGGGGGCGGGGACGGCCGGGACGCCCUGGCGGCCCCGUGUGAUGCGGAGCGCGGCGGUGGCGGCAGCGCGGCCCUUCCCCGCGGAGCGCCGCGGUCCGGUGUGGGGCUGCCCCGCCGGCGUGCCCGGGGCUCCGGUGGGUGCCGCCGGGGAUGUCCGCCCCGGCGCAGCCUGACGCUUCCGGCUCCUUCCAGAGCCCCCGGAGGCUCCCGAAGCGCAAGAGCCGCUUCAAGCGCUCGGACGGCAGCACCUCGUCCGACACCACCUCCAGCAUCCUCCGCAGGCAGGGCUCGGCGGACUCCUACACCAGCCGCCCAUCCCUGGACUCCGACGUGUCCCUGGAAGAGGACCGUGAGGGCGCCCGGCGCGAGGUGGAGAACCAGGCUCAGCAGCAGCUCGAGAGGGCCAAGCACAAGCCGGUCGCCUUCGCUGUGCGCACCAAUGUCAGCUACUGCGGGGCUCUGGACGAGGAGUGCCCAGUGCAGGGAGCCGCCAUCAACUUUGAAGCCAAAGAUUUCCUGCACAUCAAGGAGAAAUACAGCAAUGACUGGUGGAUCGGGCGCCUAGUGAAGGAGGGGGGGGACAUCGCCUUCAUCCCCAGCCCCCAGCGCCUGGAAGCCAUGAGGCUCAAGCAGGAGCAGAAAGCCAGGAGAGCUGGCAAUGCCUCGGGCCUCGGCGACAGCGGGAGCCGGCGAUCGCCUCCCCCCUCCUUAGCCAAGCAGAAGCAGAAGCAGACGCAGCACAUCCCACCCUACGACGUGGUCCCCUCCAUGCGGCCCGUGGUGCUGGUGGGGCCUUCACUGAAAGGAUACGAGGUCACCGACAUGAUGCAGAAAGCGCUCUUUGACUUCCUCAAGCACAGAUUCGAUGGCAGGAUCUCCAUCACCCACAUCACCGCUGACCUGUCCCUGGCCAAGCGCUCCAUCCUCAACAACCUGGGCAAGCAGGCGAUCCUGGAGCGCUCCACCACCCGCUCCAGCAUUGCUGAGGUGCAGAGUGAGAUCGAGCGCAUCUUUGAGCUGGCCAAGUCCCUGCAGCUGGUGGUGCUGGAUGCUGACACCAUCAACCACCCAGCCCAGCUGGCCAAGACCUCGCUGGCACCCAUCAUCGUCUACGUCAAGGUGUCCUCCCCCAAGGUCUUGCAGCGGCUCAUCAAGUCCAGGGGCAAGUCCCAGGUGAAGCACCUCAACGUGCAGAUGAUGGCAGCCGACAAGCUGGUGCAGUGUCCCCCGGAGCUCUUCGAUGUGAUCCUGGAUGAGAACCAGCUGGAGGAUGCCUGUGAGCACCUGGCUGAGUACCUGGAGGUUUACUGGCGUGCCACGCACCACCCGCCCCACGCCCCCCACGCCGUCCCCUCGCCCACCGGCCUCCCAGGCCUGCAGAGCCAGCAGCUGCUGGGCGAGCGGGGCGAGCACUCGCCGCUGGAGCACGACAGCCUGAUGCCGUCGGAUGAGGCGGGGGACACCUCGCCCCAGCCUUGGGGGGCCACAUCCCAGCGCAGCUCGCGGCACCUGGAGGAGGAGGAGGAGUACGGGGACCCCUACCCCGACCUGUACCAGCCCCACCGGCACCACGGCAGCGGUCCCGGCACGCCGGAGCGCCCGGGCGAGCGCAACCAUGACAGGAACUGGCAGCGCAGCCGGCCCUGGGCCAAGGACAGCUAUUAGGGGUGGGGAAGGGGGGGCACGGCUGGGAACCGGCCCCUCCCCAAACCCCGGGCGCUCCCGCCUCGCCCCAGCCCCGCGCUGGGGGUGCUCAGACAAUCGAACUCCGCACCGGCAGCUUCCUCUGGCCCGGGCCCCCGGGCACGUCUUCAGCCAUAAAAGCACAGCGGGGCGGGGGCCAAGAUGCCCCGGGACUCCCCGCCGAAGGUGUGGGGAAGCCGGGGACUGACACACGCCUUCGCCCUGCCUCAGUGUCCCCGCCCCGGGCCCUGCAUCACAGGCUGGCUCAUUCUCUGCAGGGCAGCUGCCAUGGAGAGUGGGUGCCCCCCGCCCUAGAAAGGGGAGGGAAGGAGGUGGGGAAGUUGUAGCAGCAUCUCCCACCCCGCAUAGACCCGAGGAAGAAAGGGAAGGUGCCUGCUCCCCGCCCCGGGACCUGGCCUGCCCCCUCCCCACCCCUGCAUGGGACCCCCGGGAGGAGCGGCUCUCACCACUCGCUUCGCUCUGCACCGAUUCCCCCGCCCCGGUCACUGCAGCCGCGCCACUCCCGCCCCCGGGACGGGGAGGACGGAGUGGGGGGUCCUGCCCGGGGUGUGGGGGCUGCUCCACGCUUGCACCCACUGCCCCCAACCCGCUGUCCCCUGGCCAUGCUGUCACCGCACGUCACCACAGUCCUGUAAAUACAGCGCCCACUGCCCUCGGCCGGGGGUCCUGGCGUGGGCUGAGCCCCCCCCGGGGCCAUGACUGGUGGGGAGGGGGGGGAUGUGGAGGGGGCCACAGAUUUGUUAUAAUUUCUUUUGUAGAAAGCACUGAUUUCCCUGUGAUUGGUUUCAGAAACACACGAGUGCUCAGAGGUGUCGGUGUCCGUGUCUGUGGAGGGGACAUGGAGGGACCUGGUCUGGGGGAG